AUGCUCUUACUCCCACUCCUUCUGCGGUUCGCAUUGCGGCCUUCACCGACCGCACUCAUCGCUGUGCGCCCCUCCGCGCCCCUAUCCCCUUACAGGAGCGCUCGUCCUCGGGCUGCUCUUCGCGUCCGCGCUUCUCACUCUCGCCGCCCGACCGAAAUACGCAGGCGAAGAAGAGCGAGUGGCAAGUCUACCAAGUCGCUGCCCACUGGCAGACUCACCAUCAAGGAAUACAAGUACGGCUUUCUGCUACGCCAUUUCGCCACGCUUUUCCGCUGUGUCAUUUGGCUGUGCCACUCUGCUGCGCCGUUCCGCUGUGCCAUUUCACCAUCUGUCAUUACCCGCUCGUUUCUCCCCCUCGAACUCACACAUCUGUCCGCGCGUUUCUCGAUCGCAGGGGCAGCGACCGACGAGUCGUUCGACCUGCAGGUGACUGCCGAGGUUACGGAGCUCCCAGAGCCGCCGGUGGGGAUUGUGAUCGGAAAGGGCAAGUUCGGCAGCAACACGGGCGUCUCGUGGUACAUCAACAAGCCGUGGAGCGGCGGCGGCGGCUCGUACAAGCUGGACUUCAAGUUGACGGCCAUUGAGAAGAUCAAGCCACGUGGCGGCAGCGGCACGAUUUUGGAGGUGCUCCAGGCUGUGGAUAAGGGUGUCGUGUCGGAUUACUACACCGCUGUUCUCACCAAGUCGGCCAGGAAAUCCGGUGGCCUCGUUGGUGGCGGGUUCGUCAAGGGCUUCCCCAAUAUUCUGCCCAUGUUCAGCUGCUAA